AUGACUCAAUCCAGGGUGGCUUACUUUUACAACUCUGAUGUGGGGAAUUUUCAUUAUGGACCGGGACACCCAAUGAAACCACAUCGACUUUCCGUAACACACAGUUUGGUGCUUAAUUAUGGACUUCAUAAAAAGAUGCUCAUCUAUAGGCCAUAUAGAGCAAGUGCUCAUGAUAUGUGUCGCUUCCAUAGUGAGGAUUAUAUAGAAUUCCUGCAGAAUGUUACCCCACAAAAUAUUCAAAGUUAUUCCAAAGACUUGCUUCACUAUAACGUAGGUGAUGACUGUCCAGUCUUUGAAGGACUCUUUGAUUUCUGCUCUAUGUACACAGGUGCAUCCUUAGAAGGGGCAAUGAAACUUAACAAUAACGCUUGUGACAUUGCUAUAAAUUGGUCAGGUGGCCUUCAUCAUGCUAAGAAAUUUGAACCUUCAGGAUUUUGCUAUGUCAAUGACAUAGUUAUAGCCAUAUUGGAGUUGCUCAAGUAUCAUCCAAGAGUGCUUUAUAUAGACAUAGAUGUUCAUCACGGAGAUGGCGUCCAAGAAGCAUUUUAUUUAACAGAUCGAGUUAUGACAGUGAGCUUUCACAAAUAUGGAAAUUAUUUCUUCCCUGGUACAGGGGACAUGUAUGAGACUGGAGCUGAGAGUGGUCGGUAUUUCUCAGUAAAUGUACCAUUAAAAGAGGGAAUUGAUGAUCAAAGUUAUGUUCAGGUCUUUAAACCGGUGAUAUCAAGUGUAAUGGAGUUCUAUAGACCGACUGCUAUUGUCCUACAAUGCGGCGCAGACUCAUUAGCUGGUGACAGGCUUGGCUGUUUCUCCCUUUCCACACGUGGUCAUGGAGAGUGUGUGCAAUUUGUAAAAAAUCUCAAUUUACCCACACUUGUCGUUGGAGGUGGAGGCUAUACUUUACGAAAUGUGGCACGUUGCUGGACCUACGAGACAUCUCUUCUUAUCGAUGAAGACAUCUCAAAUGAACUUCCCUACACUGAGUAUCUUGAGUUCUUUGCGCCUGACUUCCAGUUGCAUCCAGAAGUGUCUGGAACAUCUAAUGCAAAUAGUAAACAGUACCUUGAAGCAAUCAGCAAAUAUGUGUAUGAUAAUCUCAAGAUGUGUCAGCAUUCCCCUGCUGUUCAAAUGAGUCAUAUACCAGGUGACUUUUUCCCUGAGGAUGAACGAUUAAAAGACGAAACGGAUCCAGACGUGCGUAUAAGCCAAGAAGAAGCAGAUAAAAUGAUUGAUGCAAAAAAUGAAUUCUAUGAUGAUGAAAAAGACAAUGACAAGGAAUCAGUACCAGAGAACAAGGAACCCUAG